AUGCUCUGGGACUACGGGACGAGCUUCUGUGAUGUGAGCAAUGCUUUGGGGACCGAUGUGUUGGACUCCAACUGCUCCAGCCCUGACCCGCAGCUCGUCCGGAGGAUCGUGUCCCAGGUGGAGUUCUAUCUCUCUGAUGAGAAUCUGGCAAAGGAUGCUUUCCUCCUGAAACAUGUCCAGAAGAACAAGAUGGGCUUUGUCAGCAUCAAACUGCUGACGUCCUUCAAGAAGGUGAAAUACCUGACGCGUGACUGGCGGCUCACGCUCUACGCCCUGCAGUUCUCAGAGCUGCUGGAGGUGAAUGAGGAGGGCACCAAAGUGAGGAGACGGGUCCCCGUGCCUGAGUCCCUGCUGAGCAUCCCCCCCAGCAAACUGCUGCUGGCCUGGGAGCUGCUGCCCCAGGAGCAGGGCCUGCCCUCGGUUGUGCAGAAAUACGCGUCGCGCUUCCCUGAGCUGCUGAGCAAGUGCUGCGCGCUGGUGGAGUACGAGAGCCUGGAGAGUGCCCGCAGAGCUUUUGAGGACCUCGGCCGGCAGAGCUGUCCAGGUGGCGAGAGCAUCCGGGUGGUCCGGUUCUGCGGGAAGGGCUCCCGGAAGAAAUCGGGGGCUGAGAGGGAGGCGGUGGAGGAGCUGGUGGAGCCGCGGGGUUGGAAGCAUUGGGGCAGGGACCAGGCAGUGCUGCACGUCCAGAAGGCCACCAACUCACGCCUGUGUCCCUCCUGCUCUGCCAGGAGCUUCUGUGAUGUGAGCAAUGCUUUGGGGACCGAUGUGUUGGACUCCAACUGCUCCAGCCCUGACCCGCAGCUCGUCCGGAGGAUCGUGUCCCAGGUGGAGUUCUAUCUCUCUGAUGAGAAUCUGGCAAAGGAUGCUUUCCUCCUGAAACAUGUCCAGAAGAACAAGAUGGGCUUUGUCAGCAUCAAACUGCUGACGUCCUUCAAGAAGGUGAAAUACCUGACGCGUGACUGGCGGCUCACGCUCUACGCCCUGCAGUUCUCAGAGCUGCUGGAGGUGAAUGAGGAGGGCACCAAAGUGAGGAGACGGGUCCCCGUGCCUGACAUCGGGGACUCCCUGCUCUGCAGCUCCCUGGAGUCGGAGGGUGCCCCGGCAUCUCCGUGCCUGUUCCUGAACAAGCAGCCCUGGGCACCUGCCUGGCCCAGCAGCGACUUCGAGCCCAUCGACUUCAACACCUUCACUGGAUCGCUCCUCACCAGCAAAGUCUUCCCUCCGCUCGGGACACGCUUGAGCAUCGGCAGCUGCUCCGGCUUCUGCUCCAGCACCGAGACCCUCUGCGCCUGGGGGAGCGGGGCGGGUGCCUGGGUGCCCUGGAGCAGAAGCCCCUCUCCAGCUGCCAAACCUUCUCCCGGUAAUCCCGCAGCAGCGAAGCCGGUGCCUGAGCCCCUUGGCCUGCGGGAUGGGGUGCUUCGCCUGCCCCAUGGCCCUGACGGCACCAAGGGCUUCUGCAGCAGCUUCGGCAGGGGAGAGCUCGUCCUCUGGCACUGA